AUGUCAAGAACGCAAGGCAAAGAAGUAGUAAAGGAUUCAAAGUGUGAAGACUGUGGGAAUCAAGCAAAGAAGGAUUGUGCAUACUCAAGGUGCAGAACUUGCUGCAAGAACAAAGGGUUUCAGUGCAAAACCCAUAUUAGAAGCACAUGGAUUCCUGUCGAUAGAAGGCGCCAGAGAUUGGAGCAGCCAUCUCCUACCACUAAUCCACACCAAAGCCACAAGCACAACCCAUAUUCAAGUUUAGAGGAGUUCAAAUUUCCAGCUGCUAUGAAUUCCAUGACUGUAUUCAACUGUGUUCAGGUGCGGUCUAUGGAUGAUAGUGUUAAUGAAAUGGCCUAUCAAACAUCUGUGAAUAUUGGAGGGCAUGUAUUUAGUGGUGUUCUUUAUGAUCAAGGCCCUGAACAAAGCUUCAAUGAUGCUAGGGGAGACAGCACCAUACACCAGCACAAUCUCAAUCUUACCAGUGCUGCAAUCCACACACGUGAUGGUGCAACUAUGGCUCCACUAUCAGCCACUCCUGCUCAUGAGCUUUAUUUUCCUCAACCGCAUCCGUUUCCCUUAUCUUCCUUCAGGCCUGGUAUGCCAUAUUUUUCACACCCAAAACCUUAA